GGUAUGCAGCUGACUCGGUUCUCGAGUGUUUUCUCUAUUUUUUCCCGCGCACUGUGCAACCCCUCAUGAAUACUUCCAUUUCGUCUCCUUCGGAGAUGACAACAGAUGAACUUACCAGUGAAGCUGGCCAACAAUCAGCACAUUCUUUAUCAGGCUUGCUGCAAGAUCUUACCAAGGAACUGCAGAAGAGCUCACCAUUUCCUAUAACUUGCGGAGGCUUUGGGGACAUCUAUAAGUGUCAGUUGGUGAGGCCAGAUGGGACCGUUCCGGUAGCAGUGAAGACCAUCCGUGCUUUACAGUCUGAUAACGAGGCCUUGAUGCGGAAGAAUAGGAAGAGAAUUCGUCGCGAGCUGAAAGUUUGGGGCCGCCUCAAACACAACAGUAUUCUUCCACUCUGGGGAGUGGCGAUCGACUUUGGACCUUAUCUCGCAAUGGUCUGUCCAUGGGCUGAUAAUGGAACUUUGACGGGCUUUCUUGAGCGCCAAGAAGAUGUAUUGACAUUGGAAGAUAAGUUCACCCUUUUGACUGAUAUCGCUCUUGGUUUACAAUAUCUCCAUAGCAAAUCAAUUGUCCAUGGUGAUCUGACAGGGUCAAAUGUCUUGAUCUAUGAAAAUGGUCGGGCAUGCGUCACUGAUUUCGGUCUCUCAACUAUGAUCGAGGAGUUUACUGGUACUUCCUAUCUCACGAGCUCCAUCAGGGGAAAUGUCCGAUGGGCAGCUGCAGAGCUAUAUGACAUACCCGAGAGCGAUGGAGAUGAUUCGCAGGUGUCGCUCAGUGUUGAAUGCGACAUCUACUCAUUUGGUAGCAUCAUCUUGCAGGUAUUAACUUGCAAGGUGCCCUACUACGAUGUGAAGAAGGAUAAUGUGGUGUUGGGACACGUCGUCAGAGGAAAGAAACCAGAGCCCCCCAAGGGCUCGCAAGUUGUACCCACGCACUGGGAGUUCAUACAGCGGUGUUGGUUACCUCGCGCUAGUCGACCAUCAAUUGGAGAUAUUGUGCUGUUUGCACAUCAGCGAUACUGCGAGCUGCAUUCAAACGAUACAGUUGAUGAUGGGAAUUCGUCUGGGAAUUCGUCUGGGAUUUGGCCUGGGACCUGGUCUGGGGGUUGGUCUGGGCACUGGUCUGACAGUGAUAGCGAUGAAGGUGAAGAGUCAGAUGACGGCAGCUCCUCUGGAACCGACCAGAGUGCCGAAGAAGAGGGUCUGGAUGGAAACGAUGAUGGAGAGUAUGAUAAAGAGCAACAGGGCAGUGAGGGUGACGAGCACGACAAGAGGGGCGACGAGGAUCAUGAGGGCGACAAAUGUGAUGAGGUCGUUGGCUUAGAUGGAAGAGACGGGUCCGACGACAACGAUAGCUCCUCCGGAAUCGACCAGGAUGUUGAAAGAGAGGACUUCGACGAAGACAGGGAUGACGAAAGUGUGGAAGGGAAUGAAGGGCAUGAAGGCAGUGAGGAUGAUGAGAAUGGAGGUGAUGAGGAGGAAGAUGAAAACAGCGAGGGGGAGGGUGAUGGCGAUGAUGAGGGUGAUGAGGGCGAUAGCGAUGAUGGGGACGAUGUUGACUGUGCGAGCUAUGAUGAUGAUUCGGAUGGUGGGGCGGACGGUGGCUGGAAUGAUGACUCGGACGUAUCCUGGUAGAUCACAGUGCAACUUAUUUAAUGAAGAUUGUAACGUGGAUGAUUGUAACCUCAGUACUACUACAGGUCUACCUACUCACUGGUUACUAUCAAGGUUCCGCGGAUACUACCGACAGCAUUGUAGAAAGAACCUGCACCGUGAACGUCCGGGUGAUUCGAGUCUCAUCGCCAGCCGAUUGCCAAAUGAAUACUAGUACAAUAUUCACCGAGAGUCUCGGCGCCUCGUUGCGUUUAAUGCCAGCA